UCAAUUCCCAGUACCAAAAAAGGGGGGUGCUAGGGAUAUACAUAGCUCAGUGCCAAGGCCCUGGGUUCAGCCCCUAGUUCUCAAAAAUGAAAGUCCUGUGUGCCCAACCCUCAGGGCUCAGGAUGCUGAGGAUGUGGCCAGGGCCCCAGGGGCUUGGCAGGUGAGCAUAGCACUGGUUUUGCUAAACAAAUCUGCCCCUCCCCAUGGACUCACUACAUAUCUGGGGCUCCUGCCCGACACACCUUGUUCUCCCUGUUGGAAGCUGCCACCUGCCAUGCCAGGGCUGGCUGUGCUGGGCCUCAGCCUUGUGGCUCUCCUGGGCCUUGGGAGGGGGGCCUUGUUGUGCCUGUCCCAGCAAUUCAGGAUGGAAGGGGACUACAUCCUGGGAGGGCUCUUCCCCCUGGGCUUGGCUGAGGAGACUGACUUGAACCAUAGGACGCGACCUGACAGCAUCACGUGCUCCAGGUACGGAGUGGGCCGCCAGGGCAGGGGAGAUGAGGGGGCUGGGUGUCCCUGGGCCUGUGCUGCCAAGCCUGGGGUGAGACAGCAGCCACCUGUGGCUCUGUGUGUCUUCAGGUUCUCGACCAUGGGCCUGUUCCUGGUGAUGGCUUUGAAGAUGGCUGUGGAGGAAAUCAACAACAGUUCCACCCUGCUGCCUGGGCUGCAGCUGGGCUACGACCUCUUCGACACCUGUUCGGAGCCUGUGGUCACCAUGAAGCCCAGUCUCAUGUUCCUGGCCAAGGCGGGCAGCCGCAGCAUUGCCGCCUACUGCAACUACACACAGUACCAGCCUCGCGUGCUGGCUGUCAUCGGGCCCCACUCCUCAGAGCUCGCCCUGAUCACAGGAAAGUUCUUUGGCUUCUUCCUCAUGCCACAGGUCAGCUACGGCGCCAGCAUGGACAGGCUGAGCAACCGGGAGACUUUUCCAUCCUUCUUCCGCACAGUGACCAGCAACCGAGUCCAGCUAGAAGCCAUGGUGACGCUGCUGCAGCACUUCGGCUGGAACUGGGUGGCUGCCCUGGGUAGUGACGAUGAGUAUGGCAGAGAGGGUCUGAGCACCUUCUCAAGUCUGGCCCAUGCGCGGAACAUCUGUGUUGCACACGAGAGCCUAGUGCUCCUGUCCCGCACCAACAGUGUGCGGCUGGGCAAGGUGCAGGAUGUCCUGCACCAGGUAAACCAGAGCCAGGUGCACGUGGUGGUGCUCUUCGCCUCAGCCCGUGCUGUCUACUCCCUGUUCCAGUACAGCAUCCGCCAUAGCCUCACACCCAAGGUGUGGGUGGGCUGUGAUGCCUGGCUGACGUCGGACUUGGUCAUGACACUGCCUGACAUCCAGCGGGUAGGCACUGUUCUUGGGUUUCUGCAGCGGGGCGCCCUGCUGCCUGAGUUCUUCCACUACAUGGAGACUCAACUGGCUGUGGCCGCUGACCCAGCCUUCUGUGCCUCCCUGGAUGCGGAGCAGGACGUGGAGGAGGAUGUGGUGGGGCCACGCUGCCCUCGGUGUGACCAAAUCAUGUUGCAGAACCUGUCAACUGGGCUGGUGCACAACCUGUCAGCUGGAGAGCUGCACCACCAGAUCUUUGCCACCUACGCAGCCGUGUACAGUGUGGCUCAGGCCCUCCACCACACCCUGCAUUGCAGCACCUCCAGCUGCCCCACACAGGAGCCUGUGAAGCCCUGGCAGCUCCUGGAUAAGAUGUACAACAUGAGCUUCCACAUUCGCGGUCUGGAGCUGCGGUUCAGUGACUCUGGAAAUGUGGAUAUGGAGUACGACCUGAAGAUGUGGGUGUGGCAGAGCCCGAUGCCCAAGCUGCGCACCGUGGGAACCUACAACGGCAGCCUCCAGCUACAGCCCACACUCAUGCACUGGCAUGCACCAAACAACCAGGUGCCAGUGUCUCAAUGCUCCCAGGAGUGCCGUGAGGGCCAGGUGCGCCGGGUGAAAGGCUUCCACUCCUGCUGCUAUGACUGUGUGGACUGCAAGGCAGGCAGCUACCGGCAGAACCCAGAUGACCUCACUUGCACCCUCUGUGACCAGGACCAGUGGUCUCCGGAGCGGAGCAUGCGCUGCUUUCCCCGCAGGCCCAGGUUCCUGGAGUGGGGAGAUCCGGCUGUGCUGUUGCUGCUCUUGCUGCUGGCCCUGGUGCUCGGCCUGGUGCUGGCAGCCCUGGGGCUGUUCAUCCGCCACAGGGACAGCCCACUGGUCCAGGCCUCAGGGGGGCCACUGGCCUGCUUUGGCUUGGCCUGCCUGGGCCUUGUCUGCCUCAGCGUCCUCCUAUUCCCAGGCUGGCCGGGGCCUGCCAGCUGCCUGGCCCAGCAGCCUGUGGCCCACCUCCCUCUCACAGGCUGCCUGAGUACACUGUUCCUGCAAGCAGCUGAGACCUUCGUGGAGUCAGAACUGCCACCCACCUGGGUGGCCUGGGUGCGUGGCCAUCUGCGGGCGCCCUGGGCCUGGCUGCUGGUGCUGCUGCUGAUCCUGAUGGAGGCAGCACUCUGUGGCUGGUCCCUCGCAGCCUUCCCAUCCAAGGUGGAGAUGGACUGGCGGGUGCUGCCCAGGGAGGUGCUGGUGCACUGCCACAUGCACUCCUGGGUGGGCCUGGGCCUGGUGCAUAUCACCAAUGCUACACUAGCCUUCCUCUGCUUCCUGGGCACCUUCCUGGUACAGAGCCAGCCUGGCCACUACAACCGUGCCCGUGCCCUCACUUUCACCAUGCUAGCCUACUUUGUCACCUGGGUCUCCUUUGUGCCCCUCUUCACCAACAUGCAGGUGUUGUACCAGCCUGCUGUGCAGAUGGGUGCCAUCCUCCUCUGUGCCCUGGGCAUACUGGCCAUCUUUCACCUGCCCAAGUGCUACCUGCUACUGUGGUGGCCAGAGCUCAACACCCCUGAGUUCUUUCUAGGCCAGGGGCCUAACGACACCACAGAUGGGGGUGGUAGUGGGGGCAGAGACAGGACUCAGGGAGACCAUGAGUGACCUCUAAGCCCAGGAUCUCAACCCCAGUGAAUACAGUCCCUGCAGAGACCCCACAACCCAACCCCUGGGCUGAUAACCGCCUGUUUUCCAUUCUGACUCCAACCUGACCUUGACCUUGACCCCAGGCCUGCACUGUGUGGGAAGAGCCCACAAGACCUGCUCCACUGCCCCAAAGGCCUCCCAGAAGUUCCUGGGGGCCUACAACCAUACCCUCAGCUCAGGACACUCCUAGCCAAAGGGAGGCCAAGUUGGGCACCACUUGCCUCGCUGUGCCCAGGCUAGGCCUAGAGUAGACAGCAAAGCCCAACCAGGAGGGGAAGGGCAGCACCCAGCCUGAUCCAGGUCAAGCCCAUGGGAAGGGGCCCUGCCUGCCACCAGUACCUCGGACAGAGCAAGGGUGGAGGUGGGCGUCAGCACCACGGCCAGCGACCACUCCCGGGACCCCUGGAGCCAGCACCAAGGACAGAAGACGACCGGCCAGCACCGGGGACAGGGCCUCGUCGCAGCACAGACUCAGAGGAUGGUGCCAGUCUGGGUCAAGGCAGCCUCCAGUCAGACCCGGGUCAACACUAGACCCGCCCCCCACUCGAGUACCGAGGCGGCCCGCAGAGAACAGGGUCACAGGCCAAACACCAGCCCCAUAAAAUUAAAUGCUUUUUAGUGUUUAAAAUA